CCCGUGAGAGUGGGAUUUACGAGCGGCACGUGAACGCAGCACUGUUCCCAAGGAGAACCCCGCAAAGGAGAAGAGGUCGUGUAUCCGGGAUCCUCCGGUACAAUAGAACGAACCUCUCAGACCUGCACGAGGGAAGGGCAGAGAACCCACGGGAGGACGUGCGUGGGCUCGAUGCCGGUCCCGGUGGUCGAAGCUUCGAUCCCGGGCUGAAGACCGCGUCAGGUGUUGGAAAUAAGAGGAGCGGCGAGGAUCCGGGUGGAGGAGGUGAUGGAGAUGAUGGAGGAGACCGGGUCCCGCUCUUCACUCUGACUGGAGGCCACGUGGAGACGAGGAGUAGAAGGAGAGGAACCUUUGGGAUCUGAUCCAAUGACCUGCUGGAGGAGACGCUUGAUUAAGAUGGGGUGUGUGAGGGCCUUUGGCUCCGCCCACAGCCACACCAGAUGUGAAGCUUCCACCACCAUGUGACUACCCCACCCUCCUCCUCCUCUACCACCACCAACAACAACUUUUUGAAGACAUGGAGCCCUGCAUCGCCGACCACCCGCUGUCCCCCGACCCCCGACGCAGACCCGGCCUCCAUCACUACCCAGGACUCCAGGGGCCCCUCUACCCGCUCAUGUCCAGGUGCAACAGCAGCACCCUGCUCACUAACCUGGGGCUGAGGUACUGCUCCGGCCGGCCGGGCCCCCUGGGUCCGGCUCCGGGCCCCUGCUGCUACGCGGGAGGCAACCGGCCCUACAGGAGCAUGGAGAACCUGAACUGGAACGCCGUGGCGGAUUCUGGCCUGUGCGGGUUCAGUGGCGCCCCCUUCGGGAGCACGGACAGCGAGUUCAUCCUCCACUACACCUCCACCAGCCACUGGUACGACGGGCCCCCGGACGGGUCCAUGACAGGGGCCCCCGGACCGGUCCCGGACCACGAGGGCCCGGCGUUUUACCCUCGACUCGCGCUGCCCAGGAAGGAUCUUCCGCUUUUCCCUCAGCUGCUGUUUCCUGUUGGCGUCGACAACUGGGACGCCAGGAAGGGCCUGAGGGAGAAGCUCCGCCUCCACAGCGCCAGGUCCUCCGCAGAGCAUCUAAAGCCCCUCCCACUGCGGCCUCCGGCGACCCCGCCCGUGGCUUUGACCGCUGACGGGGCCAGGCCGCCACGCUCGACGUGCCUCACCAGCCCGGGGGAGCUCAAGCGGGAGGUCCUCAGGCGCCUGCAGCUCCGGCGGCAGAACAGCAGCCCCAACCUGGCCCCCCACGGCCCCCCAGCGGGCCCCGAGGAGCUGAAGACCUCCUACACAACGGACCACAUUGCAGGGGGGAGGGCGGGUCCUCCGUCUGAGCGCCCCAGACCUCUGGCGGGACGCCUCCACAUCCCUACGUUUGAGGAGUUCAAGAGGAUGAGGCAGAUGGAGGGGGGCCAGGACCCGCAGUGCACAGCCGGCUCUCUAAGAUCUGGACCCUCUGACCGCGAGGCUCCUCCUCCCGGCGGAGGAGGCGGGAUGAGGCCAGAGGACUCGAAGGAGGCGCCGGGUCCUGCCUCCGUCAUCGCCCACACCCCCAUCUGCACAAGCCCAUCCCCACGCUCGCCCUUGCAGACCCUGGCCCCUGCCCAGGGUGGGGCCCUCGCCGGAGGGAGAGCAGGAGAGCAGGAAUCCUCCUGCGGCAGCAGGAGGAGGAGGUGCAGCCUGGGACCUGCCGGGUCGGUGCCCUUCCCUCCCUGCAGGGAGAACCAGGGCCGGCCCUCCAGCUGCUGCCCGGCGCUCCUCCUGGACGGGACGGACCUGUCCAGCUACGGAGCCAAGAUCUACAAGAUGAAGGAGGGGCUCAUAGGCUCCGCCCUCGACCUCAUCAAGAAGAGCUGCAGUGCAGAGAUCUCCGGCGAGGCCCCCGUCAGGCUCUCAGGUGAUCGGGACGGGGGCUGUGACAUCACCGCCGACUGGCAGCCCAUUCCCGUUGCCAUGGCAACGUCAGCAACGGCAGCAACGGCCUGCAGAGCUGAGGCUGGCGACGACAAUGAGACGCCCACGGGAGGAGGAGGAGGAGGAGGAGGAGGAGAGGAAGCAGAAGGAGAGGAAGCAGGAGAAUGCCAGGCCGGUCAGGGCUGCCGGCGCUCCAGCUCGGACGCUGCCUACGAGCUGGCGGAGACGGUGAGGGCGCAGCGCGAGUGCCGCCUGCGGCCUCACCACAGCGACCCGAUGCCGGCCGACGCCUCCAAGCGCAAACAGCUGGAGAUGAAGAUCGCCGCGGCGGCGCGACUGCACGGCCACCGGCGAGACCGGGACCGGGACAGCGCUCCGGCGGCCCUCCGCGGUCGCUCUGAACCCCCCAGCGAGGAGCGCCAUGCAGGUUUGGGCGUGACGCGGCCGGGGCAGCACCGCUGGAGCACCAUCAGCAGUCUCAGCGUGGACAGCGGCGUGGUGGGCCUCAGCGACGAGCGCGAGGAGGACGACAGCGAGCCCCGCCGGUACCGCCGGAACAGGGGGGGCGAGGUGGAGCGCGUGGACAGCGGCAUCGGCCGUGGCCUGUGCCGCACAUGGAAGAGACCAUCGGCCUCCCUGCGAGCCUGGGAGGCCCAGAGACCCUGUCCGGACUGCGGACUCAGGGACGGGGCCUCCAAGGAGCGAGGGGAGCGCAUGUGCGAGCGUUGCUCCAAGCUGCGCACCGAGCGCAAGGAAGCCAUCCUGGAGUUCAUGAACACGGAGCUGAGCUACGGCGAGGACCUGCGCAUCAUUCGGGAGGAGUUCUACUGCCCGAUGCAGAGCGCCGGCCUGCUGACGCCCGAGCAGCUCGUUGUGGUCUUCGGGAACGUCCAGGAGCUCAUAGACGUCAACGACCGCUUCACUGAACAUCUGCAGGACAGCAUCGACCAGGCUUUUCACCAGGGAGAUCACAACCUACUCACGGUCUACAUAGGAGAGAUCUUUCUGGAGUUCGUCAACAUGCUGCCGGCCUUCCAGACCUACUGCCUGCAACAAUCCACCUCUGUCAACAUGCUCAAUACACUGGAGAAGGAGAAGGAGCUGCUCAGAAUCUUCCUGGAUGUUUCCCAGAACGACAACACGGCGCUGCGGCGCAUGAACUUACGCUCUUUCCUCAUGUCGCCCCUCCAGCGGGUCACCAAGUACCCGCUCCUGCUGAGCCGCAUCAUCAAGGUCACUGCUGAGUGCCACCCGGACCACGGGCGUCUCCGCGAGGCCAAAAGUCGAGUAGAAUCCCACCUGGAGCACAUCAACAUGAAGACCAAGCAGGAGGGCAAUGGAGUGACCUGGUCCCUGCGCUCAUUCCGCCGCGACAGCCGCAAAAACAGGGAGGUCAUCAACAUCGAGAUGCGAGAGGUGUCAAUGAAGACGGUGGGCUGGGCGAGGGAGAACACACGGUUCGUCAUGGAGGGGCCACUCCAGUUGUCCCAGCCGACGGACGGUCAGUGGGUGAAAAAGGGCAGCAAAGCCCUCAAAUUCCAAAACGUCCAGAGUCUGCUGAUGGUGAGAAUACAGCGGCCCGGCGAAGCCCCAGAGCAGGGCGGAAACACCGCGGUGGUGCGGGGGGAAGGAGGUGGCGACAGCGUUUGGGACGGAGUGCUGGUCCUGAUCAAGGACAAAAGCAGCGGGAAGUUCGCCGUGCUCCGGGAGCCCAUCCGCCUGGGGAACUGCGUGGUGUCCGCGGAUCCCGACUGCGAGGACACGUUCGAAGUGCUCGACAUCCGGCGGGAGUCUUUUGUUUUCCGCGCCUUAGACAAAUCCUGCACGCAGCAGUGGUUCCACCAGGUCAAGAGGUACACGCGGGACCUGGGAACAUGGAGGAAAAGACGCAACGCCUUGCCCAACAUCAUGAUCAACACAAACCAGAGCCGCUCCUGAGACUUGACCUCAUGUUGUCCUGUACAAAACCGCUGGACUAAACGGACACCGGGAAGCGGUUUUGAGUGUCGUCGCUGUUGAAAACCAUAGAAGUAGAACAGACAAUCUUGCUUUGAUCACAUCAGCAGUCGUGGUCAGAGCAGACAAUUUUAUGUGUACCGGAUUGGACCAGAACCGUAGCAGCGGGAAAACGGUUUCAAUAGCAAAAUGGGUCAAGUUAGGAAGCGUAGACAGUAAAAGUUAACAAGGAAUGAAAGAUAUUUCUGUAAGCAGUAGCAUUAAAUCAUGGUGGAAUCUGCAAGCUAGCUAACUGGCCAGCGUUGUGCUAGUUAGUUAGCUAGGUCCAUGUAGCCUCAAAGCAUUGUGUAGUCCGCAAGCUAGUUAGCUAACUAGCCAGCAGCUGAAUUAGUACCAUUUUAACAACUCAAUGCUACAUCCGUGCUCUCUCGUCACAGCGUAGGAAAGAUCACCACAUUAGUCGUUGCUAUUACUGUAGCAUGAUAGCUAUAACUGAACCAAACAGCGGUCCCAUUGCUCCGAAGGACGAGCAGGUUUGCUAGCUAGGGUUUAGCUUGCUAGUUAGCAAACUAGCUUGCUGACUCCGAAGUGCUUUAAUGCUAUGCUUGUGGCCCAGCGGUAUUAUGGUCUGGUCUAGUGUUUCUUCUGCCUCACUACCAACAAGCUAAUGCCUACGCCCCCGCAGACGCACGUCUUCACCAUGACGACUAACGACAAUCUUUUGUAGCGCUCAAUUGACAAAACACUAUUUUAUCUCCAUUGUCCUCCCAUUCUGUUUCUAUGAUUUAAAUAUUUUGGAAAAAAAACAAUUCUUUAUCGUCAUAAUUAAAUUUGUACAAAGCUACGCGUUAUGUACGAAGUCCGAAGUUGUUAAAAGGAAACAUCGCAUUCCCGGACAACCAAAAAAUAUAAAAUAACUUGGGCUGAGCUAGUCGACCAUGAUUGUAAAGACCGUCUUCUCCCAGAGGAGCGUACAAGGAAGAACUUGAGUGGAACAUGGCCGACUGCCAGAGAGAGUGUGUGUUGUCAUUUGUUUUUAUGAAGAGGCAGGAGAGAGAGGGGGGGGGGUUGGUCGCUCCUGGUCUUCUCCCGGUUUCUGUCUGGACGCUGGCGGUAUGACAACCUUCACUGCUCGCAGUCGACUUCCUGCAUCAAUGUUUUAAAAUGAGAAACCCAUGUGACACCAAUAACCCAAAACAAGUAGCACGGGAUCAUCCCAGCUACUGGUUCACCUAAAGGAGUCCAGAGUUAAGAUAAUCCAAAUGGUUUGUAAUCACUCAGAUUGUUUGGCCUAUAAAAUGUGUGAGCUAGUCAUUAAACUACCAUUAGAAAGAAAGCAACAUUUGGGGAACAGGAAGUUUAAACAAUUAGCUAAAUGCUUGUUUCAAUCAAUAAACCAACAUCAAUAAUAAAGAAAUAAAUGAGGUAAGAAACGUUGUCACAUGACCCCGAACCCGAAACAAAGAAAACUUUUGAAAACACUGAAACAUGAGAUCGAUCCAUCUGAUGGUGUUUUAAUCUCUAAAUGAUGAAGAACUCUGUAUCUUGACCUCUAACAGACGUCAUGUGACAUCGUGUGACAUCAUCUGACCCAGCGACGAGCAGUUGUGCCUUGGUACUCAAUUACUGUUGCGAGAUUACUGUAGCAACGGUUGUCAUGACGACCGACUCACUUGCUUCAUCGACUGACAGGCAAUAUAAUUAUGUUACUUUGUGUGUUUUGAUUAUUUAUGACGUUUUUAUUUUGUAUUUAAUGCACUUUAUUACCGUCCUGUAGAGCUGCCGGUAAAACUG